AUACAAAGUCCUGAACGCAAUAUUGAAUCCACCCACCAUCUUAGACUUCCCAAUUCUCUUAUCAUCCAUUACCAGUUGAGAAACUGCAAAGAAAGUAUCUUUCUUUCUUCUCACACUCAUCACCUUCCCAAUUCAUUAUUGUCAGCAACAACCUUUUAUGACACAAGAAAACCCUAAAACCAUACCCUCUUACCCUAAUCACUUUAAUUUUUAAUUUAUUGAAUUUUUUCUUUUGGUUUCUUGAUUUCUUCAAUGGCGACGGAUGCUAGGGCGAAGUUCCAGAACGCAGAUUUCCGCCCCGAUUUUCACGCGGACCUAAAGGUGUCAACUCACGACGGUCUCCACUUCUGGCAGUUCAUGAUAGCCGGAUCUGUUGCCGGCUGUGUCGAGCACAUGGCGAUGUUUCCCGUUGACACCGUUAAGACCCGCAUGCAGGCCUUGGGUUCAUGCCCGGUCAAAACCGGCACUGUCCGUCAGGCCCUGAAGUCUAUUCUCCAAUCUGAGGGACCAUCCGCCCUUUACCGAGGAAUAGGCGCAAUGGGCCUUGGCGCUGGCCCGGCCCAUGCCGUCUAUUUCUCUGUCUACGAGACCUGCAAGAAGCGUUUAUCAGAGGGGAACCCUAACAACGCUGCCGCACACGCGGCCUCUGGUGUCUGCGCCACCGUGGCCAGCGAUGCCGUGUUUACGCCGAUGGACAUGGUGAAGCAGAGGCUGCAGCUGGGGAAUAGUGGGUACAAGGGGGUUUGGGAUUGUGUGAGAAGGGUUAUGAGCGAGGAAGGGUUUCGAGCGUUCUACGCCUCUUAUAGGACUACUGUGUUGAUGAACGCCCCUUUCACAGCUGUGCAUUUCACGACCUAUGAGGCCGCAAAACGUGGUCUCAUGGAGGUCUCGCCCGAGAGUGUUGAUGAUGAACGGUUAAUUGUGCAUGCCACUGCCGGUGCUGUGGCGGGAGCCUUGGCUGCCGCUGUUACGACGCCUCUGGAUGUUGUGAAGACUCAAUUGCAGUGUCAGGGUGUCUGUGGUUGCGAUAGGUUCAAAAGUGGAUCAAUUCAGGACGUUAUUAAAACAAUAGUGAAAAAAGAUGGGUAUAGAGGGCUCAUGCGAGGAUGGAUUCCAAGGAUGCUCUUUCAUGCUCCGGCAGCUGCUAUUUGCUGGUCUACAUAUGAAGCUGGAAAGUCCUUUUUCCAAGAUUUCAAUCAGCAGAAAGACGUUGGCACUGUUACCUAAAUAUCAGAGUUAGAAUAUUCAUCAUUCUUCGGUUCCAUUAUAAAUGAUUGUGUCUGUCAACACCGAUAAAAUGCCACAAACGGGGUGAAAGCAAUCAAGCAUUUUAAGUUCUGCGUUCAAACCCCAAAUACAGAAGCUUCAGAUUAACCUACGAAUGGA